UUAUGGUUUUAAUUUAUUCCUACACGAUUUUAAUAUUGCCCCAUCUGGAAGUUUUUUUUUAUCAUUUUAAUUGUUAAUAAGAUUUGUUUUAAGGGUAAAAAUAUUUAUUAAACUGACAGGAUGGUGUUAGCAGAUUUAGGACGUAAAAUUACGUCCGCUCUACGUUCACUAAAUAAUGCAACUGUGAUAAAUGAAGAGGUUUUGAAUUCUAUGUUAAAAGAAAUAUGUGCAGCAUUACUUGAAGCUGAUGUAAACAUAAGAUUGGUGAAGAAAUUACGAGAGAAUGUAAGACAAGUUAUUGACUUUGAUGAUAUGGGAGGUGGUCUUAAUAAAAGACGAAUGAUCCAAAGUGCUGUGUUUAAAGAACUUGUCAAGCUUAUUGAUCCUGGAGUAAAAGCUUACCAACCAGUAAAAGGUCGUCCAAAUAUAAUAAUGUUCGUAGGAUUGCAAGGUUCUGGUAAAACAACAUCGUGUACAAAACUCGCAUAUCAUUAUUUAAAGAAAAAUUGGAAGGCUUGUUUAGUAUGUGCCGAUACAUUUCGAGCUGGUGCAUACGAUCAAAUUAAACAAAAUGCCACAAAAGCAAGAAUACCAUUUUAUGGAAGUUAUACGGAAAUUGAUCCAGUAGUUAUAGCACAAGAUGGUGUUGAUAUGUUUAAAAAAGAAGGUUACGAAAUUAUAAUUGUUGAUACAAGUGGAAGACAUAAACAGGAAGAAUCACUAUUUGAAGAAAUGUUACAAGUAUCAAAUGCAAUUAAACCAGAUAACAUUAUUUUCGUUAUGGACGCAACGAUAGGUCAAGCUUGUGAAUCACAAGCAAAAGCCUUUAAAGAUCGUGUUAAUAUUGGUGCAAUUAUAAUAACAAAAUUAGACGGUCACGCUAAAGGUGGUGGUGCUCUUUCUGCCGUUGCAGCCACACAAAGUCCUGUGAUUUUUGUCGGUACAGGAGAACAUAUUGACGAUUUAGAACCAUUUAAAACGAAACCUUUUAUAAGUAAACUUUUGGGAAUGGGAGAUAUAGAAGGUUUAAUCGAUCGUGUUAAUGAAUUAAAUCUUGAUGAUAACGAAGGAUUAUUGGAAAAAAUCAAACACGGCCAUUUUACGUUACGUGAUAUGUAUGAACAAUUUCAAAAUAUCAUGAAAAUGGGCCCAUUUUCACAAAUUAUGGGAAUGAUUCCUGGAUUUAGUCAAGAUUUUAUGACAAAAGGAACUGAACAAGAAUCAAUGGCUAGAUUAAAAAAAUUGAUGACUAUGAUGGACAGCAUGAAUGAUGCAGAAUUAGAUGAUAAAGAUGGAGCGAAAUUAUUUAGUAAACAACCUGGAAGAAUUAUAAGGGUUGCACAAGGAUCUGGAGUAACUGAGAAAGAAGUGAAAGAAUUAAUUUCACAGUAUACAAAAUUUGCUGCUGUUGUUAAAAAAAUGGGUGGUAUUAAAGGACUUUUUAAGGGUGGUGAUAUGACGAAAAAUGUUAAUCCAACACAAAUGGCAAAACUUAAUCAACAAAUGGCAAAAAUGAUGGAUCCACGAGUCUUGCAUCAAAUGGGUGGUAUGUCUGGUCUUCAAAAUAUGAUGAAACAACUACAGCAAGGUGCCGCAGGCGGCUUAGGGAAUUUAAUGGGAGGUUUUGGUGGAAAGUCUUGAGAAAAAUUAGUAAGCAGAACAUCUGCUAGGGAUAUGAAAUUAAAUUAAUAAGAAUCGUCAUAAUUAUGAUCAUAAGAAUAAAGUACUGUUUAUAUUUACGUAUAUAUAUAUAUAUUUAAUAUUUCAUCGAAUUUGCUUUCAAUCAAUGAAAGCCAUAUAUAUAUAUAGUAUAAAAUUGUAAUAAAAUUGUUUAUGUAAUAUUCUA